GAAAGCUCCCGAGAGGCAAAGCCGGAAGCCAUGGCGAACGAAGAUGAGGAAGCCGGUGGAAGCCGCAAGCGGAAAGCUGCUGAUGCUCCAGAGGGAGCCAAUGCAGACGCCCAGUCCGACGAGGACGAGAUGAGCGACGAUGCCCUGCGGCGCAAGCUCAUGGAG